UAAAGAUGGGUGUAUGUAUGAUGUCCAUGCCACUGAUCAUCCUCUUCUUCUGUUUUUUCCUUCAAGGCGGUGGUUUUUCUUCUUCUCUUUUCUUCUUCUUUUUUCUCUCCUGCAUGUACCAUUUGUUCAAUUGUUUACUUUGUUUGUUUACUUUUUUUUCUAGUAUUUACCCUUUUGUAACGUGGUGA